UUCAGAACCGGCCGGGUUCGGAGCCUUGAGGACUUAUCUGGGGGGACCUUCGUUGCCAGAGCUGUUUUGGAGUUCCCUUAGAAUGACUCCAGAAACCCACCUUUCCAAUGACUUUGAGUAGCCUGGUGAAUGAGAGCCACUCAGACCAGCAGUUUGAAGGCGGGCCUUUGGGUUCUGGCUUCUCAGUGCUCUGCUCCACUCCAAGAAAGAAUUAAGGAGGAGAAGGGAAUGACUUCUGUGCUCCUAACAGCCAGAUCCCAGAUACCACUAACCUUCCAAGAUGUGGCUGUGGACUUCACCUGGGAAGAAUGGGGGCUCUUGGAACCUUCUCAGAAGGACAUGUACUGGGAUGUGAUGAUGGAGAACUUUGAGAAUUUUGUCUCCCUUGAAGGAGGCCUUCCUGUUUCCAUGCCAGAUGUGAUUUCCCAGAUGGAAAGAAUAGGAGCACCAGGGAUGGCAGAGGGAGGAGUCCUAAUGAGCACUUUCCUAGAUUCUCUUAGCCAGAAGACAAUAUGUGAAACCAAGGAGUCAUCUGUAAAGCAGAAUAUUUUUAUGGGACAGUCAUUGAAAGAGAGAUUCUUAAAGGAAAGGCCCUGGCAUUACACCUUGGGAGAAACUUGGAAUUGUGAUGUCAGGUUAGAAAGGCAGAAGGAAAACCAAGAAACACAGUCUCCGGAGGUAACAAUCACUAAUGAAUCUGUUCACAAAUGUCAUAUAUUUGGGAGAAAACUCAGUCUGGGAUCAGUUAUUAAUCUACAACAGAGAGUUCAUAUAGGAGAAAGUCUUCCUAAAUACAGUACACUUGGAAGAAAUUUGAAGCAGUUCUUUGACCCACUUAAACCUAAGAGAAUCUCCACUGGGAAGAAACUGAAGUAUAAUAAAUGCAGGAAGCCCUUUAGUUAUCAGUCAAACUUGAUUCUUUACCAUAGAUCACAUCCUCAAGGGCAACCCCAUAAAUGUAAUGAAUGUAACAAAUCCUUCAGCAAGAAAGGAAGCCUUAAUGCACACAAACUAAUUCAUACUGGAGAGAAACAUUUUGAAUGUAGUGCCUGUGGGAGAGGCUUCAGACACCAUUCAUCCCUUAAACAACAUCAAAUAAUUCAUAUUGGUGAGAAACCCUAUAAAUGCAAUGAAUGUGGGAAGGGCUUUAGCCGGAGGGGAAUCCUUAAGACACAUAAAUUAAGUCAUACUAGAGAAAAACACCUGAAAUGUAAUGUAUGUGGGAAAGGCUUCAGGUAUCCUAUAUCCCUUAGAGUACAUAAGAAAAUGCAUACUGGAGAGAAACCACAUAUAUGUAAUGAAUGUGGGAAAGCUUUCAUCCUUAAGGGAAACUUUCUAAAUCAUAAGAGAUUUCAUUCAGGUGAGAUGCCAUUUGAAUGUAAUGAAUGUGGAAAAGCCUUCAUGCUAAGGAGAGAUUUUAAUAAACAUAAGAGAAUUCAUACUGGUGAGAAACCUUAUAUAUGCAAUGAAUGUGGGAAAGCCUUCAGGUGGAAUGGAAGCCUUAAAUCACAUAAGAGAAUUCAUACUGGAGAGAAACCCUAUGUAUGUAAUGAAUGUGGGAAAGCAUUCACCAAUUAUCAAAGCCUAACUUAUCAUCAAAUAUUUCACCCUGGAGAGAAAAUUUUUCAGUGUAAUGAAUGUGAGAAAGCAUUCACGCAGAGGGCAAAUCUUAAUCGACAUAAGAGAAUUCACACUGGAGAGAAACCCUAUAUAUGUAACCAAUGUGGAAAAGCCUUUAUUGUGAUGGGAAACCUUAAAAGACAUAUGAGAAUUCAUACUGGAGAGAAGCCCUAUAAAUGUAGUGAUUGUGGAAAAGCUUUUACCAAUCAUCAAAGCCUAAUUCAUCAUCAAACAACUCAUACUGGCGAGAAAACCUUUCAGUGCAAUGAAUGUAAGAAAGUCUUUGCUACAAGAGGAAACCUUAACAUACAUAAGAAAGUUCAUACUGGAGAGAAACCCUAUGUGUGUAAUGAAUGUGGGAAAGCAUUCAACCUCAAGGGAAAUUUGAAUAUACAUAAAAAAAUUCAUACUGGAGAGAAACCCUUUGAAUGUAGUGAUUGUGGAAAAGCCUUCAGACAGAAUGGAAGUCUUAAAAGACAUAAAAGAAUUCAUACUGGAGAGAAACCCUAUGAAUGUAAUGAAUGUGGAAAAGCCUUCACCAAUCAACAAAGCCUAAUUUACCAUCAAGUAUAUCAUACUAGGGAGAGGCCCUUUCAAUGCAAUGAAUGUGGGAAAGCCUUCAUCCAGAAAGGAAAACUUAAUAGACAUUCAAGAACUCAUAAGGGAAGCCUUUAAUCAGAUGGGAAAAACUAAUGCAUAUGAAAUAACUCAUACUCAGAAAAACACAUUGAAUUUAAUUAAUGUUGCAAAACCUUAAGGCAGAAGGGAAAAUAUAGAAUAUAUUUAAAAAUCCAUGUAUAAAAACCCUAUAAAUAUAAUUAUGAAAUUCUAGGUUCCCAUCGAUAUUUUAUAGCAAUGAGAAGCUAUCAGUAUGAGAAAUGACUCAUCCUGGAGAGAAAACUUUUCAUACAAUGAAUGUAAGAAAGUCUUUGCCAUAAGAGGAAACCUUAUUGUACAUAUAAGAAAGUUCAUACUGGAGAGAAACCUUAUGUAUGUUAUAAGUAUAGGUAAGCCUUCAGUUAGAAGGGAAGCCUUAAUUCAUGUAAAAACACUCAUGAAAUGAUCUUUGAAUUUUAGUACUAUGGAAAGACUUUCACCAAUAAUCAAAAUCUAACCCAAUGUUAAAUAUUUUCAGUACUUAAGAGAAAUCCUUCCAGUGUGAUGAAUGUCAAAAAGCUUUCAAAUGGAGUGGAAACCUAAAAGAACAUCACAAUUCUUAUUAGUGAUCAACUUUUGGAUUGUAAUGAAUGUAGAAGAGUCUAUGGUCCAAAUGUUUUUGUACAUAAUAAAAUUCAUAGUACAGGAAACCUUUGAAUAUAAACAACAUGGGGAGAUGCUUAGGUCUAGCCUAUUGCUAGGGGAACUUCAGAUAAUUUGUACUGGAUAAAAACCCAUUUAAACGUAAGGAAAUUGGGAAAGCCUUCAGAAAGAGUAUUAUUGCACAUCAAUGAAUUCAUACUGGAGAGAAACCCUUUCAGAGUAACUGAAGUAAGGGCAGAAUAUUGUCAGCAUAGGCUAAGGGAGUAGCUGCUGUUGGAGGUGAGGGGAGGCAGAAUCUGAGAAGCUAAUGUGCCUUCUUUGAGAAUGAUGUUCUGUGGGGGCAGCUAGGUGGUACAGUGGAUAAAGCACUGGCCCUGGAUUCAGGAAGACCUGAGUUCAAAUGCAGCCUCAGACACUUAACACUUAGUAGCUGUGUGACCCUGGGCAAGUCACUUAACCCUCAUUGCCCCACUCCCUCCUCAAAAAAAGGAAAAGAAAGAAAGAGAAUGAUGUUCUGAGAACCAAAGGGGAAGCCAGGAUGAAUUCAGAUAGAAGAUUGAGUUAUAUAUUCUACUUUAACCUAAAGAGAUGAACAAGAAUAGAAAUUGUAAAGAGGUAGAUUUCAGUUCAUUUUAAAAUCUAAGGAGGCCUGGAAAGCUUGAGUCUAACUGAAAAGUAGCAGUUAAUGCAUAAUAAGGCAGGAGUGUGGGACCCAUGUGUUUCACUUAACUCUUGUUCUGAUUCCCAGUUCACAUGCCACUCUGAGGGAAGUCUCAGGCAUAAUAUGAACCUUAAUUCUCCAACCUCUACAACACACCUGUGGGGCAUUAGAAGUAAUUAUCUAAGAAAAACAUUUUGAGGAUAUGGGAUCAGGAUGUAUACUAUAAUGGGAGUACUCAAAAAGACUGCAUUUAAUCUAUUCCUGCAUCAAAUUAAUGCAUAAUGUGAUUCAAUUCGUAUGUUUUACCUUAAUGAUUUGCCUUUUACCCUCUAUUUGAAGCACUAGAUCACAAAAUCUUUGACAUUAAUGUAACAAAAACUAUGCGUGUAGGAAGCUGAGAGAAGAGGGUAGUGCAUUUUUAAAUCCUUCAUUUUGCUGGUUUUUAAAAUACCAAAUUUUAAAAAUAAGUAAAUUGAGUACUUCUGUAUUCACAGUAGAUCCGAAAAAAGAUGUUCUAACUCAAAGUCAGAUAGUAACUAGUACCAUGAGCUUAAAAUCAGCAUCAGACAAUAGGAUUCAAAAGAGAAGACUGGGCUUGGGACAUUUUACUGAUAUUUAUUCAUUCCUCAAAUGGAUGUGAUGUGUCCUAAUAUGCACUAAAAGUGUCAGCCUGCCCUUUAUAGGGAAAGGCAUUUUAUUAUAUUAGAUGGGAACAGAGAAGAGUACGUAACUCUUUUUUUUUUUUUUAGUGAGGCAAUUGGGGUUAAGUGACUUGCCCAGGAUCACACAGCUAGUCCACCCCAUGCUCUGUUAAGUGUCUGAGGCCGGAUUUGAACUCAGGUACUCCUGACUCCAGGGCCGGUGCUCUAUCCACUGCACCACCUAGCUGCCCCAGAGUACGUAACUCUUAAUGCCGAAAGGUAGCAGAGUAUAGCUCAGUGACUGUGAGAUCAUUUUAGAGGCAACAUUGGAGAGUUUAAGUGUGACAUCUAGCAAAGAUGGUGUGAUACAUGGUCAUUAACAUGACCAGAACAUUUUAGCAGUUCUGAAAUCUGGAGAUACAUCACCCCAGUCACACGUGUGCCAUGGCUCUAUCAGCUCUUGAUGCAUUUCCUUUCAUAUUAUGUGUGCUUUGUCCAUAUUUGUUCCCAGGUUAUGCGUGUACUCUCCAUAUUCUUUCCAUCUUCUCUUCUGAUAACCUGUGAGAAAAUGUGCCCCAGGUGUGCAUGGGGAGUAUUUUGUUACUUUAUUUGCUAUGCUGUUAGAUUAAAUACCUUUUGUUUUGAGUUAUUCUGUCUUAUACCUGUCUGGAAAAAGUAAAUGUGCUUUUUGGGACAUGCAAGCUGUUUUUGAGAGGGUGCUGAUAAACAGAUUGACUCAAACCUGGUGUUGAUUUUCUGAGGAGCCUGCAGUGGGAGAGGCAGGUAUUAUAUUAGGGACAAUCAUUCUGACUUACAGAGGGUUUUCCUCUUCAGAUUCAAAUUGUACCACAUAACCUUCCCAACUCUUAGAUUCUUUUAGUUGAUUUUUAGUGGUUGGACUAGAAAAAUAUUCUAGUAGGAAAACCUUAAGAGCACAAAUGGUAUAUGAUAGAAGCAAAAUAUGGGGAAAAUCUAGGGAUUGGAAAGAUAGGUUAAAUCCAACAUGGAGAUAGAUGACAAGAAAAGUAAGAGGUUGAGUGAGUAACAUGUUAAUAAGGGAGACUGUAGACUUAACCCUGAAAAGACCCUAGCAUGAGUUGAUAAUGGAGGGGACUCCCAGGAAGAAAUUUAAAGUAAGAGCCAAAGUAGGGAUUGCUUUUUUUUAAAAAAAAGUUAUAAUAGCUGUCUACUUAUGUAAUUUUCUAUUUUAAAAUCCCAUUAAUCUGUUUGUGGACUUGAAGCCUACACUAGAAUGUAUCUUAAUCUUCUAGAAACCUAAAGACCCUAAGGGAAAUAGCUUUGACUUGAACUGGCAUAUGGAUAUUUACUGUAAUAGAAAAAAGCAGAAACAAAACCAAAAAAAGCACACACACAAUACAAAAAACUCCCCAAACGAAAACAAGAUAUCCCCACAAAACCCAAAAUUAUAACAAUAAUGUAAAGUGAAUAUGGAUAGGUAGCAAAUCUCUGGUGAAAUAGAUUGAUCGUUAUUAGUGCCAUGCAAGGCCCUCUAUUUUGUUACCAACAGAUAAACUAAUUGCUUUUUUAGAGGACUGUAUUCUGUAACUAGGUUUGUUUGGCUAUUUGUUAUGAAGUAUUGUGUCAUAACAAUAUAUCAAUACAUUAAAAAAAUGCCAUGGGGGGGCGGCUAGGUGGCGCAGUGGAUAGAGCACCGGCCCUGGAGUCAGGAGUACCUGAGUUCAAAUCCGGCCUCAGACAAUUAA